GAGGCGCUGUAAGUUUAGUGCGAUUAGUGAGAAGCUACCAUGUGAUACGCAGAGAAUAAACCUAGAAAACAUGCAUUAUUUUUACUCGUUAUUCAUCUAAAAGACAUUUGAAGGCAGUUGAUUGAACUGACAGACUUGUAUACAUCGAUAUCUGAGGGAAAACAGUGAGCAAAAUAUUGAAAAACUGCUAAAUGUUCCUAUGUAACAUAUCAUGUAUGCAAUGUGUGUAGUUAGUAAAGCGGGUUUAUGAUUAAUGACACUCUAUAAGUGAUAGAAUCAGUGUGAUUUUGUAUUGUGAACGUCACUUGCGUUUAAUUCAUCGCUUUGUGGAGUUUCUGAAUGGAUGACAGUGGUGAAAAUGAGUUCUCAGGAUAAGAAUACAGAUUCAGAGCACAGACAUGAGGAACUCACCAGCACUGACGACAACAAACAGGAGGCAGUUAUUUGUCUGGGCAACAAUGAAGUGAAGAGUCGUGCGGUAGUGAAAUACUCGGCGGCUCCGCCCCCCACCACCUAUGCACUACUACAAGAGAAGACCGACCUUAAAUUGCCUCCAGCAAACUGGCUUAGAGAGAAUACUCAGCUGGGGCCUGCAGGAACCACUGUACUUGGGUCCAGUCGGAAGAGCAAACCUUUUUCCAGUUUUGGGAUGGCCUAUGACUUCCUCGAUUGUAUUGGUGAUGAUGUUGACGUUGUGUCUGAUUCAGAGAACAUCAAGAAGUUGUUGAAGAUCCCGUACAGUAAGUCUCAUGUCAGUAUGGCUGUUCAUCGAGUGGGCAGCACUCUACUAUUUGAUGAGCUGGACAUACAGGAACUCUUCAUGCGGUCAUCACAGACUGGUGACUGGAUGUGGCUGAAGGAGUUCUACCAGCGUCUUAUUGACCAGAAGUGGCAGAGGAAGAAGAAAAGUAAAGAACAUUGGAAUGAGAAGGCCAUUCUCUCUAAAUUCCUCUAUUACAGUAUUAACAGUGAUGGGACUGCAGUGCCUGUCCCAUCAGAUUCAGACCAGACGGCAGAGGAGACUUGUGGGACGGUGGGUGAUGGACCAUCUUGGCCUGCUACCUUCAACAGUUCCCCAUCUGAUUCAGAGGAGCCGGCAGUGCCCAAGGAGGAGCAGGUGGAUACAUAUGCUCUGGGUCAUGUGUCUUCAGUUCCCAAAGAGCAGAACCAGCCCACACUGUUUAAUGAAGGGGAGAACAGUCAGGGUUUGAGGAAUGACUUUGUCCGGAAUAUUUUAUGGACAUUUGAGGACAUCCAUAUGCUUGUUGGAUCAAAUAUGCCAAUAUUUGGAGGUGGUCGAUACCCAGCAGUCAGUCUACGACUCAGGGACAACAACAAACCAAUCAAUGUUCUCACAGGACUUGAUUACUGGUUGGAUAAUUUGAUGUGUAAUGUACCAGAGCUGGUCAUGUGUUUUCAUGUCAAUGGUAUUGUACAGAAAUAUGAGAUGAUAAAGACAGAGGACAUCCCAGAUUUAGAGAAUUCCACAUUCUCAACACGGGUUGUGAAGGAUAUUGCGCAGAAUAUCCUCUCAUUCCUGAAAUCUAACUGUACCAAAGAAGGCCAUACCUACUGGCUCUUCAAAGCCAGUGGAAGUGACAUCGUGAAAUUGUAUGACCUCACAACCCUGUGUGAGGAGGCGGCGGAGGAGAAAUGCCAAAAUCCCUUCACACUUCCUGUAGCAGUGCUGCUUUACAAAGUGGCCAGCAAUAUGAUGCUAAAGAAAAGCCAAAACAGGAAGAAUUAUGGCACAAUUAGAACUCUGCUGCUCAACUGUAUUAAACUGCUAGAUGAGGAGCGACAUCCACAGAUCAUCGCGUCUGCUCACUACAUGCUGGCAGAACUCUUCCAGCUGGAUGAUGUGAGUGUAGAGGAGGGGAACGGGGAGUCCCUGAGGGGCGGAGGCUCUGAAGACAGCUACAGUGAUGAAGAGGAGGAGGAAGAUGAAGAUGAAAACUGCUCCUACAGUACCUCCUCAGAGCUGCAGGAUGACUCCAAAGCUGUGGCUGUCAUCAAGUCUGUCGGCGAGCUGUCCGUUCCCGAGAAAUACAAGAGCACACACCAGAUCAGACCCAACUGUGCAUUUCCUGUGUCACAAGACAAAGAGGAAAAAUGCAGACUGGUUCUCAGUUAUGUUCUGAAAGGUCUGAAGGCAGUAGAUGGCAGUAUAAAGAAGGAGAGUGACCUGCCUGCAGCUGACCCCAGCACACCUAUCCCUCUAAAAUAUGAAGAGAGAAGUCAGAAAGGAGCCAGAGAUGUGGAAAAAGAGAUUGCUCUCCUCCUGGACAGAGUCAGUCUGUGUAACGCAGAGGCAAAGAUGCCAACACGCUAUGGGAUGUUACCGGGCACAUGGCAGCACCGUAUGAAACAGCAGCUGUUUCUGAAAGCGUCAAAAGCAUAUUAUGUUCUGGCAGACGCUGCAACCAACCUGCUGAAGUAUGGACGGGCACUACGCUACAUUAAAUUGGCUCUACAGUGCCACGAUGCGUAUUGCUCCAUCAAUGGAGGUCUCCAGCCGCAGGUGCUUCUGUUCCACUGUCAGUGUCUGUCUCUGUGUGGAGAUAUUCAGCUGAUGUUGGCCCAGAAUGCCUCAAACAGAGCCGCAUAUCUAGAAGAAUACAGCUACCAGACUAAAGACGACCAGGAGAUCUUACACUGCAUGCAUCGCGAGAGCUGCUGCCAAGGUCUGGACACUUUUAGCAUGGCCACUGAUCUGGCCACAGACCCAGAGUACCAGCUGAUCGUCAGCAGCAAGUGUUAUGAGGCCGCCCAUGACCUUUUGACCUCAGGAGUUCUGAAGGACUUGGGUCAAGAGCAGUUGGGUCAGGUUCUCAAACGGCUCGGGAACAUCCGUAACGAGAUGGGUGUGUUCUACAUGAACCAAGCAGCGGCCCUGCAGACGGAGAAAGAAAGAGUGCGCAGGAGUGUGUGCGUGGCAGAGCAGGAGUUGUGGAAGAAGAGUUUCUCAUGUUUCGAGAAGGGAAUGGAAGAUUUCCAGGCCAUUUCAGACACUGUAAACACAGCACUGCUGCUGUGUAACAUCGGGCGACUCAUGCGGAUCUGCGCACAGGCUCACUGUGUCGUGACAUCAGGGCACAGCCGUGGAGAAUUCUCACCUGAAGAGGCCCUUUACUACAACAAGGCGUUAGAUUACUAUCAGAGAGCGCUGAAGUCUCUGGGCUGCAGGGACAGUCACUCAGCUGUCUGGGACUCUGUUAACUGGGAGCUCUCGACCACAUACUUCACUCUGGCCACACUGCUUCAGGACUACGCUCCACUGUCCCGCAAAGCACAAGAGCAGAUUGAGAGAGAGGUGACGGAGACCAUGAUGAAGUCUCUACGCUACUGUGACCUGCAGACCGAAUCAGCUCGCCAGCCGCUCUACCAGUACAGAGCAGCCACCAUCCACCAUAGACUGGCUUCAAUGUACCACAGCUGCUACCGCAACCAGGUUGGUGAUGAGAGCGUUCGUAAGCAGCAUAAAGUUCUGGCAGAGCAGCAUUACAGUAAAGCUGUGCGACUCUUCGUAAGUCUGAGCGACGCUCCGUGUGAGCUGCUCCGCACGCUUCUGGAGAGAGUGGCCUUUGCUGAGUUCACCAUGGCAGGACAGAACAGCUGUGCAGUGAAACUUAAAACUUUGACAGGAGCUCUGGAGAUCAUGUCUGAAACUCGACAUGCAUUUAAGCUUAUUCAUAAAGAGCUGUUGGAGCAACAGGAGAAAGUGGAGAGUUCGGAUUGCUCUUCCUCCUCCGAGCUGAACAUAGAAGAGGUUGUGAAGUUAAUCGGUGUCUUUGAGUCCAGUUUCUCCUUCCUGUUGCUGCAGCUGAUUAAACUCACCACUGGAAAUAAACGCAAACUAAGCGGUAAAGAAGAGGAGCAGGUAAAGGUCCAUAAGAACGUAUAUUCUCGGCUGUUGCGGGCUGAAAAGUCUGUCCCACUCAUUCAGCGGGUUUCCCUCUUCCUUGAGCUGCUGGAUCAGCUAAGCCCACCCACAGGAAGUGAUGAAACAAGCUCGUCAUCUUGAGAAAACCAAUCAAACUGGUUCAACAAUCUCUCUUGGCCUCAUUACUACUGGACAUGUGACAGUUUGGAGUUACAAUCAUCUUGCUUUCACACACCAAACCACAGCUUGGAAAAAAGCUAAUGAUCAAGGCAAAAGACAGAGAUGGCCUGUUUUCAUCUGUUUUCAGAAAGGGACGUGGAAUAUGAAUGUGAACCACAGCUCACACCGGCAGUGCCUUCCUAUCUCAAUCACAGUCUUCAAAUGAUCUUGUCAAACUUUUUCUGUAAAGAAAAUUAUAUGAUAGCAAUAAACACAAAUUUACAGUUGUUUGUAAAGCACAUUUUUAUUGCUAAUGGGACAAUAUGCACAAAAUGUGAUCCUGUGAUGUUUUACACACUUUAUUUCUGAGAAGCACAUAUCUCAGGCUUGUGUUUUUUCUGGUGCAGAAAUAAUCUUAUGAAUUGUUCAAAAGAAGAAAAUAAAAGUU